AGUGAUAUUGCGAUUAAGGCAAACGAAUUUCGGGAAUUUCUUUUUAUUUCUUAUCCCUCAGACUUUCGCAGUCGUCGUUGUCUGUGUUAGGGUUUUCGGCUGCUCGACCGCACAAAACUUUCGUUAAUCUAUUCGUAAUUUAUAUCUCUGUAUGUGAAGGAACAUGUACUCUUCUAGAGGUAGCAAUGCGUAUGGACAGAAAUCGUUCGCCGGGCAAUCCGCGUACGGCACAAAUUUGGGACCUUCCUAUUCUAGCAAUUCUGUUGGAGGCCCUGAUGGGGCUCAACCGUCAUUGGCUUCUCGACACUCAUCAAUGUUAGGUGGCUCUCAAGAAGCCGACGCUGGUGGGUAUAGAGCUCAUCCUCAAGCUGUAGCUCACUAUGGGGGCCAGUAUAGCUCUGUGUAUGGCUCAGCUGCAUUAAGUGGUGCUCAGCAGGUUCCCGCAUUGAAUGUGAAAGGUGCCGGACCAUCAGCUUUAGAAGGUCAUGGUGGCUAUGCCUCGGCUAUAGCAGAUUCGCCUAAAUUUGCAGCGAGUGACUAUGUCUCAUCAUCAGGCCAUGGAUAUAGUCACAAAGGUGAUCAAUUGUAUGCGGAGAAGGUUCCAGAUUAUCCUGGAAUAGAAAGACGACAAUAUGGUGACCGACAGAGUGCCUAUGUUGGUAGGGACUUGCAAAGCGAACCAACUGGACGAUAUGCUGAUUCUAUUGCUUUUAGUCAUCAAAAUCAGACCGAUAUGUAUGAUCGCAUUGAUCAGGCAUUGCUUCGACAAGAACAAUUAUUAAAAGCUCAAUCGCUGCAAUCUGCUUCUCUGGAUGGGAGUGCCAGACAAGCAGAUUAUCUUGCAGCAAGGGGUACUGCUAGUCGCCACGCCACCCAAGAUCUUAUCUCUUAUGGAGGAAGAGUGGAUGCUGAUCCUCGCAGUUUAUCUAUGCUUAGUGCUUCUUCAUAUAGUGGGCAACAAGCUCCAUCAAUAUUAGGGGCAGCUCCCCAUAGAAACAUGGAUGAUAUCAUGUAUGCACAAAGUUCUUCAAAUCCUGGUUAUGGAGUGAGCCUGCCUCCUGGUAGGGACUAUGCCUCGGGAAAAGGGAUUCAUGGCACAUCCCUCGAAUUGGAUUAUCCAGGUAGCAUGUUGUCACGCAGCAGUCAUUCAAGGGUUGACGAUCGCAAGGAUGACAGGGCUGCAUAUCUUCGGGAGUUCGAGCUAAGGGAGGAGGAGCGGCGUUCGGAACGUUUGCGUGAGAGAGAGAGAGGUAGAGAAAGGGAGAAGGAAUGGGAACGAGAGCGGGAACGCGAACGAGAACGAGAACGAGAAAGAGAGCGUGAAAGGGAACGCAUCGUUGAACGACGGGAGAAGGAGAGAGAGCGAGAGCGCAAACGUGGACUUGAAGCCAGGCGUGGUCGAUCUCCACCAAGAUUCUCUCGAGACCGACCUGGUUCCUCUUUGGCGAAGGAGGGGAAACCUUUGCGACGGGAUUCCCCACGUUAUGAUGCUCUGCAUAGGCUUCAUUCACCUGUUAAAGAAAAACGGAGAGAAUAUGUCUGCAAGGUUUACUCAUCCAGUUUGGUUGAUAUAGAGAGGGAUUUUUUGUCAAUAGAUAAGAGAUAUCCUAGACUCUUUGUGUCCCAAGAAUUUUCCAAGGCUGUUGUGAACUGGCCAAAAGAGAACCUUAAGCUUUCUAUCCAUACCCCUGUCAGUUUUGAGCAUGAUUUUGUUGAAGAAGAGAGGGCAACUGAGCUGAAAGAGCCUUCUGCCGAGCUUUUGGCUGAAGAACGUGUAAAAUGUGGAAAUACAAUCUGGAAUGCAAAGAUGAUCUUGAUGAGUGGACUUAGCAAGAAUGCUUUGGAGGAGCUGUCAUCUGAAAAAAGUUAUGGUGAUCGCAUACCCCAUAUUUGCAAUAUCCUCAGGUUUGCAGUGCUAAGAAAGGACCAGUCUUUGAUGGCAAUUGGUGGUCCAUGGAAUUCUGCUGAUGGUGGUGACCCAUCAGUUGAUGAAACCUCUUUAGUUCAGACAGCCCUUAGAUAUGCGAAAGAUGUUACUCAACUUGAUUUGCAGAACUGCUCGCAUUGGAAUCGAUUUCUUGAGAUACACUAUGACAGAUUUGGCAAGGAUGGACUGUUUAGCCACAGGGAGGUUACCGUAUUGUUUGUUCCAGAUUUGUCUGAAUGUCUCCCUUCAUUGGAUGCAUGGAGGGACCAGUGGCUUGCUCACAAGAGGGCUGUUGCAGAGAGAGAGAGGCAAUUUUCUUUGGAAAAAGAGAGGUCCAGAGAGAAGAAAGAUGGGAUGAAAGAUAAGGAAAAGGAUUCCUCAAGAGAUGUCAAAAAGGUAGGCAAAUCAGAAAAAAAGAAAGAGUCUGAAUCCUCCGGACAAUCAGAAGAUGCUAACAAAAAGGAGAAAGAUGGCAAUGAAGUGAAAGGGAUCACGGCUGAAGAAAAGGUUGUAGAAAAUGACAAAGGACUUGAGAAAAAAGGUGGGACAGAAACAGGUGAGCAAAACAAGACUACUGUGGAGAAGGAACAGGGAGAAUCUGCUGGUGCACAGACAGGUGGCAGUGUGCCGUCUGGGAAGAAGAAGAUCAUAAAAAAGAUUGUCAAACAGAAGGUUGUUGAUAAGGCAGCUGGCGAUAGUUCCAGCAAACAAAAGGACAAGCUGGGUGAGAAGGAUAAUGGAGAAAAGAAUGCAAACUCAGAGAUUCCCGGUCUACAGGAUGCAUCUUCAGUUGCCCUCUCUGGGGUUAAAACUUUUGUAAGAAAAAGAGUGAUUAAAAAGGUUCCAGUGAGAAAAGCUUCUCAGAAUGAAGAUACUGAAGAUAAACCAAAGGAUAAUUCAGAUCCAAGCAGUGCUGCAGUUGUGCAAGGUACCAGUGUGAAAACAACUGUGAAGAAAAAAAUUAUUAAAAGGGUACCUAAAAGAAAGGUUGCUAGUUUGAAAUCCAGUGAUGGGGUUGCUGACACUAAGAAAGAUGUUGAUGGUGAUGGGGCAAAGGCUGUUCUGGCAGCAGAUGAGACAGAAAAUGCGGAGAGGCAAGCAGCAGAUGCAGAGAACCAGGACAGUGAGGUCAAAAGAUCAGAAAAGAAAACAGUUCCUAAGACCAACUCCAAAACACUUACCCCGGAGAAGCAAGAUGAUGUGGUCGAUUCAAGUAAUGUGGAAAUAAAGACUGACAAAAAGGAUGAAAAAAGAACAGGCGAGAAAAGUGGCUCAGGGAGUAAAUUGGAGAUUGAGGCUGACAAGCAGAAAGCAUCUCAGAAUGAUAAUCAUAGUGGCAAGAGGGGAAAAUCAAAAGAUGGAGAGAAAUCUAAAGAUGAGAAAGAGAAAAAAGACAACGAUGGAAAGGAUGAGUCUAGAAGCAAAUCAAAUAAAGAAUUGAAAGAAAAGAGGAAAUCUGAAGAACCUCCUCGGCACCCUGGAUUGAUUUUACAAACGAAAUGGAGCAAGGCUUCCAAACUUCGUCCGUUCUCUCUUUCACUGGAUUCGCUCUUGGAUUAUAGUGACAAGGACAUUGAAGAAUCAACUUUUGAGUUGUCAUUAUUUGCUGAAUUACUGUAUGAAAUGCUUCAGUAUCAGAUGGGUUGUCGUCUUUUAACAUUUCUCCAGAAAUUACGUGUAAAAUUCAUCACGGAAAGAAAUCAACGUAAGAGGCAACGGGAUGAAAUCCAUGAGAAGGAAAGGGACAAAAAAUCAUCAGCGAAGCGACUGAAGACUACUGAUACCCCUCCGAAAGAUUCUAUUAAGUCUGAAACAUUGAGUGCAGCCCAACCAGAUGAUGAUAAAACUAAGGUCAAGGAGGAUAAAUCUGUUGAUCACGUUGAUGAGGCGAAUAUGGGAGAUGAAACAGAUGGUGAUGAAGAUCCAGAGGAAGACCCAGAGGAGGACCCAGAGGAAGAUCCUGAAGAAUACGAAGAAAUGGAGGAGUCAAGUAUGCGACAUGACUUAUCUAAUGAGAACAACAAAGAAGAGGGGAAGACUGAUGUGAAAGCUGAGCCUGGGAAAGUGGCAGGACUGGAAAAAGAUGAAGUAGAAGAAUCUUCCAAGGAGAAUUCGAAAGCUGCAGAGACAAAGCCCAAGUCUGAUGAGGAUAUGUGUGAAAAGAAAGACACAGAGGUGGAUACUGGAAAGAAAGCAAACUCUGCUGUCAAGGAGGUUGUUGUUGAUAAAGAGCUAUUGCAGGCUUUUCGGUUUUUUGACCGGAAUCGAGUUGGCUACAUUAGGGUUGAAGAUAUGAGGUUGAUCAUCCACAACUUGGGGAAGUUUCGUUCGCACAGGGAUGUCAAGGAACUUGUGCAAAGUGCAUUAUUAGAGAGCAACACCGGUAGGGAUGACCGCAUUCUCUACAAUAAGCUGGUGCAAAUGUCUGGCAUUUGAGAUUGGAAAGGUCUUCGGAUUUUCUUCAUUUUUCUUGAAAAUAAACUUCAGUGUAUGUCAUUGCUUUAGUAUGGUAUGGUCCGGAAAGGGGAUGGAUUCUUCUCUUUUACUUGGGUUUUGGUUUCUGCAAUUAGAGUGUUCUUGUGUUUUUA